GAGUCGAGUGUCUCUCUUCUCUCUUGGUGAUGGUGAAAUGGCUCUGUUCAUCCUCCUCUCCUUCUGCCUGAUUCUGGACGUUCAUCCUCAAAAUAUUCCUCAGCCCCAGCUGGUGGUCUCUUCUACAGAGAGAGGGUCAGUACAGCUGGACUGUAAGACUCCGUCUGCUGGAGUGUCUCAGUGUUAUUUCUAUCUAGAGAGAGACGAUAAAAAUACAAAAUCACCAUCCUGUCAGCUCUCACUCACUGACUCUGACCUGACCAGGUGGACAGGACGCAGUUACAGGUCACCUGAACCAGUCAGAGUUAUUUGUUACUAUGGUGUGAGUGAAUCAGGAGUUAAUAAACCUUCUCCUCACUCUCUACCAGCUACAGUCACAGUCCUGGGUAAGAAACCAUCAGUGAGUGUCGACUAUGACAGUCAGUAUGAAGAGAUCAUAGCUGUGUGUGUAAUACCGCUGUCAGGGUCAGUAAGAGCUGAUUUUAGAUGUAGUCUCUACACUGGACACCUGCUGUUCCUAAAGGGAGAAGCUAGAAAAGGGAACUCUGGGAAGUGGAGCUGCAGUUUUACACCAUCUAAAACUGACCUGUUGAAUCGUCUGCGGUCAGUAAAGAGCAGAGAAGUGAGCUGUGAUUAUUCUCUAAUCUCUGACCCGUCCAUCCGCUCUCCAAUGAGUGACUCAUAUGAUAUAUUGAAAUGGAUUCCUGUAUCGACGCAGUCGUCCAUAACAGAAGAGAAAUCUACUGCAGUUUCUUUAGUUUCCUCCACACGUCUCACCACCACAAAAAGCACAACAACUACUGCGCCACUUUCAACAGGGUCACCUGCAGUUCCCAGUUCGUCUGCUGUGACCAAAAUGCCCAGUACAGCCACAGUUUCACCUGCCGGUGUCCCAGUCUCUACUACGACAGCAGUGCCUUCAUCCACUGAUCCCACAGUAAAGGGAGUAACAGAGAAUGCCUCCUCAGAAAAACCUUCUACAACAGGUAAAUAACUGAAUAACUCGUAUAUUCAGUGCCAUGCAGAGACAUUCAUACUGCCAUGAUUUUACUUGUGAAAAACUGGAGGAAAUAACAGGAAAGUGAGAAGUGAGUGAUCACAAAUUUGAAAUAAAUACAGUCACAUGUGUUAGUUUCAACACUAAAUUUGGUCAGAUUGGUUGUUUAGUUGAUUCUCUAAGUGAAAACAAAAUGAAAACAUCCUCUACAGAGACACUUUCUGUAAAUGAUUGUGCACAGUUGAAAUGUAGUUGCUGAGCUCAACGUUUGUUUGGGUUUCUUUCUUUUUAUUUCAGGUUCAACAGUGCAUGAUAAGCCUUUUACUUUCA